GGGGGAUUAAUAAUAAUAAUAAUGAUGAUGAUUACUAGUAGUGUAGUAUUAGAAACACAAGCUUAGACUUAACUAAGACCAUUUCGCAAACACAUUAAUAGUUUCCUCGGAACAUCAACGGCGGUCGAAAUAUUUUUAACUGAAGAACAUCUUUCUUCUUCUUCUUCUUCUUCUUCUGUAACCGACGAUCGAACCUCAAUUCAAUAGUUUUACACAUCAGUUAAAUUUGCUUCACAAGCAAAACCCCUCCACCCCACCAACCAGAGAGAAGGCAAAGAAGAAGAAAGAAGCUACCCAAUUCAAAAUCUCAUCUUUUUAGCUAGUCCCCCCCAAUCCAAUUCGUCGAUUUGCUUUCUUCCCCACCCUCCGUCUUAAAAAUGGAGCAGCAGACGUUGCCAAUUACCAUGAAAUCGGAGCAGCGCCGAUCCAAAUCGUCCAAGUCUUUUCAGACCUCAAAACCUUCGCUGGUUAUGGCUUUCUUCUCUUGCCUUGCUUGGCUUUACGUGGCUGGCCGAUUGUGGCAAGAUGCAGAGAAUAGAACUUUAUUGGCGUCGUUAUUGAAGAAAAAUUUAGCUCAGAGACCCAAAAUGCUGACAGUUGAGGACAAGCUAACAGUCUUAGGAUGCAAGGAUUUACAGAGGAGAAUUGUUGAAGCUGAGAUGGAUUUGACAUUAGCAAAGAGUCAAGGUUACCUAAAGAAUCAAUUGAAACAAAGUGGUUCUGAUCCGGGGAAAAAGCUUCUCGCAGUCAUUGGAGUUUAUACUGGGUUUGGAAGUCGCUUGAAAAGGAACGUUUUCCGAGGGUCUUGGAUGCCUAAAGGUGACGCUUUGUCUAAACUUGAGGAAAGGGGAAUUGUCAUACGAUUUGUGAUUGGUCGGAGUGCCAAUCGAGGGGACAGCUUGGACCGGAACAUAGAUGAAGAAAGCAAAGUGACAAAUGACUUCUUGAUUCUUGAUGGCCAUGAGGAGGCGCAAGAGGAGUUGCCCAAGAAAGCAAAAUUCUUCUUUAGCGCUGCCGUUCAAAUGUGGGAUGCAGAUUUCUAUGUUAAAGUUGAUGACAAUAUUGACCUUGACCUUGAAGGACUGAUUGAGCUUCUUCAGAGCAGACGUAAUCAAGAAAGUGCUUAUAUAGGAUGCAUGAAGUCAGGAGAAGUAGUUUCUGAGGAGGGAAAGCCAUGGUAUGAACCAGAUUGGUGGAAAUUUGGGGAUGAGAAAUCGUACUUUCGGCAUGCAGCCGGUUCACUUUUAGUGCUUUCCAAGAACUUGGCGCAGUAUAUAUAUGUAAACAGUGCUUCUUUGAAAACCUAUGCUCAUGAUGAUACAUCAGUGGGUUCAUGGAUGAUGGGUCUGCAAGCAACAUACAUAGAUGACAGUCGUUUAUGCUGCAGUAACACCCGGCAAGGUAUGUAGGCUUCCAUGCCAAUCAUAUAACUUCUCUAUAGAUGCAACACUAAUUUUUGAUUGAGUACAGCUAAACAGCACGCCUCCUGUGCACUUUGUUUUUUCGAAUAUGAGUGGAAAACAUUAAAAUUAUUGAUUCUAGGCUCUCCAAACGAGAGCAGUGGAGUAAUUGAUGCAGCAAUUGCAUCUCCUGGUCAAUCAAGAAGGCAGUUGUUUAACUUUCCUCUUUACUCUAAACUCAUUGUUGGUUGACAUUCAAAAUAUUUCAGUGAAAGCAAAUUAAAUGGGGAGGGGGGAGGCUUGGAAAAGAUUGGGAAGUUUCGAGAAAGGAUUGAUGUGUUUUACUUUAAACGAGAACAUGUGUAUUGAAAGUAUACUCGACAACUGAUCUCUGUAUAGUCAACUGCACAUAGUGGAGUGAAGGUUUAAUUAUUGUUGGUAUUAUUGAGAUUUCAAAAUAUCUAUAAAGUUUAAACCGAUUGUGGCUUGCAACAGAUAAGGUAUGUUCGCUGGCUUGAGGGAAGAGGAAGCUGAGAUUGCAGUGAUAAACAAUUUUCUGUUUUCACCUCCUGGUGCCCACCACGAACAUGUAGGUUCAAACCAACCUCGAGAAAACAUGAAGAAAUUUCGAGCUAUAGAGGGGCCAGUGGGUGAUACUGAUUUGGCUAUGUAGGUGGUGAACGAGUUGGUGUUUUACAUGACUUUGAAGAUGACCAUUCUUUUGGAUGAGAGUUUGAUUGAUGGCGGCUAUAGCAUAUACAGCAUCUCCUAUGAGGAGUUUGAUUGUUAUUUUCAUAGGAAGAGUUUAGAUAGAAAUGGGGAGAUUCAUGGAGGAUGUAACUGCGGGAACUGGAUUGUUGAUAAACCAGAGUUGUGAUCGAGAUAUCCAUUCUUGAGUUGAAUAAUAUUCUAUUUUAGUCCAUUUUUUCAAUCCAGAUUUGAGUUCCAUUAGACUUGGCAAUAUUUUACCGCUUUGUACAAAUUUUAAAAUUCAAGGUGGAAUUUAUGGGAUAAAAGGUUUCAGAAUUUUCA